AAAAGGGUCAUAAAUAUAUCUCUGUCAUAAGAUAUCUUUCUCAAGGUAAUGUUCCCUAUUUUUAAGUAGUGCUUCAUCCAUAUCCUCAACACUUUAGAUAAAACAGUAAGUUUCAUAAAAAGUUAUUUUUUCUGAAAAUUCUAUAAGAAAAAAUUUUCUUGUAUCAUUACAUUAGAUAAGAAUCCUUAUCUCUUAUACAUACAAAAUUCUCUCUGAUUUUGCGUUAUUAAUAUUUAUGUAAAAAAAUAAUUUAAUAGUUUUUAAUACAAAAUACAAGUUCCUCUAUACUAAAUCACGAUAAUUUAGUGACAAAUAUUGGUAAAUUGAUAUAUAAUGAAUAUAUUAAAAGAAGUACUGAGACAAAAGAUAAUAUUAUGGACAGUUAUUGGUGUAUGUGCUGGAAUUUCAUUAGGACUCAUUCUUAAAACUUUUACUCUUCAACCAUGGACCAAACGAAAUGUAAUGUAUCUAAAGUUUCCUGGAGAACUAUUCAUGAGAAUUGUAAAUUGUUUAAUAUUGCCUCUUAUAACAUCCAGUAUAGUGAGUGCUACUUGCAACUUGAAAAAAUCAGGUCGCAUUGGAACAAUGGCAUUAUAUUACUAUACAACGACAACAUCACUUGGAAUAAUAUUAAGUGUUAUACUAGUUCAAACAAUAAGACCUGGUGAUUUACUUAAAGAUAAAAACAUCAUAACACAAAAUACAACCAGAUAUUCAAUAACAGUGGACACAAUUUUAGAUCUAUUUCGAAAUUUUAUCCCAGAAAACAUAGUGAGUGCAACCUUAUUCCAGUAUCAAACUGUAUUACAAAAGAAUGAAUCAGUACCAAUUGAUGAAUGGAAAAUAGAUCAUAUGAAUGUACCAGGAACAGAUGUAUUAGGAUUAGUAGUUUUUAGUUUAGUCUUGGGAUUAGCAAUUGGAGAUAUAGGUGCAAAAGGAGAACCUUUAAUAAACUUUUUUCUGUCUUUAUCAGAUGCAAUGAUGAAGAUCAUGAGUUGGGCAAUAAUGCUAGUACCAAUAAGUGCACUAUUUCUUAUUUCUGCAAAAAUUCUUGAAGUAGAAGACUUUAACAGUUUAAUAAAAAGGCUUGGAAUUUAUAUUUUAACUGUCUUUAGUGGUUUGCUUAUACAAGGUUUAAUAUUACUUCCUCUAGUGUAUUUUAUAUGUACCCGUCAAUCUCCAUACAACGUCAUAGUUAAACUUGGACCAGCUUUUGCUACAGCAUUUGGUACAUCAUCAAGCACAGCUACAGUUCCAGUAACAAUAUCAUGCUUGGAACGCAUUGGAAUACCUUCUAAAAUAUCUAAUUUUAUUGUACCAAUUGGAGCUACCAUAAAUAUGGAUGGUAUAGCAUUAUAUGAAAGCAUUGGUGCAAUUUUUAUAAUUCAAUUGCAUGGAUUACAAUUUUCAUUGUUCAAGAUCAUAAUAAUCUGUAUAACAUGUACUUUGUCGUGUAUUGGUGCUGCCGGCUUACCUAGUGGUGGUUAUGUAAUGUUAAUAAUGGUAUUAAAUUCCGUGGGAGUUCCAGUAGAAGAUGUUUCAUUAAUUAUCGCCAUUGAUUGGUUCGUAGACCGUUUUAGAACCACUUUAAACAUCAUAGCAGAUGCAUUAGGGGCUGGCAUAAUAAGUCAUCAUUAUAAAAAAAGUAAACAAAAUUCUAUACCAGAGGAAAUAGGAUUAUAUACUUCCACGUAAUAAGUUGAAAUUUUAAGUAAAUCAAAAAUUAUUGAAAUAUUUGGAAUGUAAAAAAUAAUAUUAAACAU